AUUGCCGGCGCUUCCGGUGGCCUGCGACCCCCUCGGUUGUCUCGGUGAUGUCGUGGGUUCAAGCUGCCGCCUCGGUCCAAGGCCCCGGAGACGAGGGAGACGUGUUUGACCAGGAAGCGGACGAGUCCCUUCUGGUGCAGCGGGAAUGGCAGAGUCACAUGCAGAGACGAGUCAAAGAAGGUUAUAGAGAGGGAAUAGAUGCUGGCAAAGCAGUUGCUCUUCAACAGGGCUUCAAUCAAGGUUAUAAGAAAGGUGCAGAAGUCAUUAUAAACUAUGGACAACUCAGAGGAACAUUGAGUGCUUUGCUCUCCUGGUGUCACCUUCAUGAUAAUAGUUCAACUUUGAUCAGUAAAAUAAAUAAUCUUCUGGAUGCAGUUGGCCAGUGUGAAGAGUAUAUGCUCAAACAUCUGACAUCAGUCACUCCUCAGCCCCAUGUUGUAGAUUUAUUGGACUCCAUUGAGGAUAUGGACCUUUGUCACGUAGUUCCAGCUGAGAAAAAGAUUGUUGAAGCUAAAGAUGAAAGACUCUGUGAAAAUAAUGCUGAGUUUAACAAAAACUGUAGCAAGCGCCCUAGUGGGAUAAAUGGUUCAUAUUUACAAUGUUGUAGAACACAGGAACAUGCACAUUCUGAAAACCCAAACCUCACUUGGAUUUUAGAACAGACAGCCAGUUUAGUUAAACAGCUGGGAGUAUCAGUGGAUGUAUUACAGCACCUCAAACAACUAUAAAAAUUAUCUUCCCUUUUCUGAUGAAAAUGUUCAGAACAUCUCUUAGAGCAUUUUGUUUCCUAACAAGCCAACCAAAAUUUGUACUGGUUUCUUCAUUGAACACUACCUGUGAGGUUAUCCUUGAUGGAAAUUUGAAAUGUCUUCAAAAUUAACACUAUUAAAUGUAAUAUAAGCCUUUUUUCUUUGUCACUGGUAAUUUUUAUGUAAUUAAAUAUAUGUGCAGAAAUUUCACUUGUCAUUUUCAAAUUUAUGAUCAGAAUCAAGCACUUUUAGAUUAAUUAGCAAAAGUGAAUAAGAAUCAAACAUAUUUUGUAAGGACCUAAUCCUACUUUCUGCUCCUCUCACCAUUAGGUGGGCAGGACCUCAUCAAACCAAAGUUACCAAAAAUAACCUAAUGGCUAACAUAAAUAUAGACACAUAGACAUAAAAAUACUUAGAUGUAGAUAUGUAGAUAUAUAGAUACAGAAAUUUGAGAGACUGAGAAACUGAAGCAAUGUUAUGCUGUUGAUUAAAUCACUAAAAGCGAAAUACUGGGAUGCGUUUUAGUAUGUUGAUUAAAAGUAAGGACAUUUAAUUCUAUGAAAAUACAGAAAAUAAAUUUAUGCUCAAGUCUAAAGAAAGGUGCCAACUUAAUUUUUCUAAGUAGUAAGAAGUUAGUAGUGUUUAACAAUGUGCCAUAUUCUAAACUGCAGUUUUGCUUCAUAUUCAAAUAGGAAUAAAACACUGAAACCCCUGACUUAUAUAUUACCUUAAAGCAAUAUUCUUAGUCUAACAUGGACAAAAUUAGAUUCAAACUUUUGCUCCAGGACCUAACUAUGUCAAUAUCAGGAAAGGGUUUUUCAUCACUUUUUCUCACCUGAAGCACAUAUUUAUCUGACUUCAGAGGCACCCAAAUAGCUUUCUUGGGUGCCUUCAGAGGGACUUCAGUGAUAGCUUUAAUUGCUGUUUCGCCAGUAUUUAUAUCUACCGUCUAUGCUAAAAGACAUACUGUAUUCUGACAAAAUAGAUCUUUUUAAGAUAUUUAAAAAAUGUACUACUGUGAUAUACAGCCUUACUAAAAGUUCACGGAAAACUAAGAAAGUGACAAAUUUGAAUUUUCUUCUUUUUCCUUUUCCAAUCCUUUACUGCAGGAAUACAAAUUUGAAAUUAGAAGGCCAUAUUGAGUUUCAGGAUUUAUUAAAACCUGCUGAAAAUAUCCAAGUGACAUUUGACAGCUGGUUUUAAAAAGUGCUUAUAUCUCUCCACAUGUAAACACUAUUUCAGAGAUAGACUAAUUCAUCUUGUUAUAUUUUUCCAUAUUUAUGGACACAGCCAAAAUUCCAAAUCCACAUGAAUUAUAAGGAAUCUCUAAAGUCUUUAUUGCUCUGCCCUCAGAUAUGAAAUACCUAUCUCAAGAAAGUCACCCUCAGUAAAGAUUUCCAUGAGUAGUAAAUCUUGAGAUUUUUAUCUGGGCUUGCCCUGAUAAGAUUCCCUGACAAUAACACCCCUUGGCACCAUUGGUUACAUAAAGUGUGCACAGAUGUUCGUAGAAAAUGAACUCAAGAGAAUUAGCUAAGUUGAUGAGGCUACUGGGUUGAAAACAUCUGUUAAAAUGGCUUGGCUUUUUAAAAAAUACUGAAGUUCCUGGACUCCAGAGGAAUAUUAAUGGCAUUAAUAUUCCAGACUCAUUAUACCUGUGUACCACGAACACGGUUCCAGUUCCUCUGUACUGGUUCCAGUUCCUCUGUGCUAUAACCAGCAAGAAUGAAAGAAAGGUCUUGCUGGCCUUUUGUCUUUUGCCUUGUUUCAUAUGUUGGAGGCCUGCCAGGUCUUCCCGUAAGACCCUAGAUGAACAUAAAUGGCCAACCAAGAUUGUCCCAGAGCUGGCACAGCCAGAGUUUUUUAAGAUCCAGGACCCAGACCUUAGGCUGAAUGAUGUGGCUUCCUUAGAAACAGAAAUUUCGUCUAAAAUAAGUUAUUUCUGGAUGCUGACAUCUGGGAUUUUAAAAAGGAGAAGGGAGAAAGGUAGCCCACAAUGCUAUGUUUUUCUGACAUAGUUCUUAGAACUGCUGAGGCCACCAAAAUUUUUGUGAUACACAAACAGGAAGUGGGCAGCUGAAUACACCUCUUGUAUCCUUUUCUCAUUUAUGUCCUUUGCACUGUUUGCUAACUGUUUUGUGGUAAAUCAAAAUAAAAGCCCUGAGACAAGA